CAGACAGCGUUGUACGGAUGUGUAGUAACGUGCACGUAUGUGUAUAUAGUGUAUGAUUUAGUUGAAUAAAAUGGAUUUUCAAUAAGCUAACGUCGAAGAUUAUUGAAGAUUAAAGACGUGAAAUGGUUGAAAUAAGUAAACAUUUAUUUGAGAGCACAUUUAGAGAUGUUCAUUGUAGCGUGCUCCUUCAUCCUUGGAACAGAAGCUGUUGGACAUCAUCAUUCUCAACGUAUGGAAAUUCUUUACUUGGAAGCGCUAAAUUUUAUUUCAUUGUACAUUUGGCACAAAACUUAAUGAAGGGCAAGAAAAUGCUGAAGAGAAAGGAGUUAACGAAGGCCGGCGAGUAUUAUGUGCGAUCAACCCUUUUAGGUGCUCUUAUAAGUGGGACUUGUGUAAGCUUUGGAUGUUUAUUGAGAUGGAUCCUUGGAAGGCAAUUCACAUAUUACACCUACUUCCUAAUUCCCAACACGAUAAACGGCCUCUUCAUCCUCUUAGAGCCCCCAAAGAGAAGAGGUCUGGUCGUAAAUUUAUUUUGUAAUCUGGCAAUCGAAUAUUGGAUGCGUACACUUGAAAUUAAAAAUUAUAUGACUUUGACGAUAUCAAAGCAAACAUUUUUGUUUAUGAUCGGUAGUGCUCUCCUCUUCUAUCUUAUGCGGCUUGAAGGUGAUAGAAAUAAAAGGACUCCAUUAUUGUGGCUUUUUACCCCUGAAAAAGUAAGACGGAAAACGGACGAAUCCAAGGAUGUUUGUCCUCACAAUGGGCCAUGUGGAAUACAUAUUUUAAAAGGUGCAUUCACUUACUUCGGAGUGGGUUUUGGAUUUACUAUGGCACGAGUGUUAUUACCAAGAAUAUCGUCACCUUUUAAAGCCCUUGCCAGUAUAAGGAGAAGUCAUUUCAAUAUGGGACUAUUCUUCGCUAGCUAUAUUGGUAUUUACAGAGCUGUGAUAUGUUAUUUAUGUCGUAAGCAAGGAUAUGAUUCAGCAUUGUAUGCGUUACCAGCGGGAUAUCUCGCAGGAUUGUCGUUCUUAUUCAAACCGAGCCUCGGGUUUGCAAUAGCAUCAUUGACAGGGGCUUUUAAGUUGUAUGUAACAAUUCUUUACGAGAAGAAAGUUUUACCGGAGAACGUACCGCUAUCUUUGAUGCUGUAUUGUAUAUGUCAAGGAGUUCUAUUUCACUCGCGGUUUAUGCAUCCAGAUGUUUGUCCGAAAUAUAUUUUCAAGGUCAUGAACAGUGUUACCAAUGGACGAACUGAAUUAUUAUAUAAUAACGUAUUGGAAGUGAUCAAAAGUACAACGUAAACAAGACGUCAAAAAGCAUUAGAUGCAAUUUUAUUUCUAAAUAAAAUUUUUAAAAUGCUGAGAUUGCAAAAAUGGAAUCAUAGAAGACUUGUGAAAAAUGAAUUGAAGCAAAGAUCUAAAUAUAAACGCUCGUACGAAAAAUAAAUAUAUUUAUAGAAUUUAUCGUGAACUGAUAGAAAGAAAACAUACAUGAGUUUUAAUUGUGUUAUUACAUGUUAUUUAUAAAUCAAAAUAUAUUAAAAUAGAACUUAAAAACUACGUCUGUU